UUCGCUAGCGCGGAUAUCGCUUAUGAUCAUGAUUUUGAAAACUAUCAAACUUUAUGUCUUCCAUUCGGUAAAGACUUUAUACACGUUAUUCUUUUCGGAAUCCUCACUUCGAUUCAACUGAUUUUGCGAGUGCAUAAUUCAAGCCAAAGCGGUACAUGAGUACGACAAAUCCAGGAUGUACUCAAUUAGAUCCCUUACUCGCUACUCGUUCUCGAGCAUAAAAGUUGUAAACUAUUUCCACUAGUCUCACUAGUUUCACAAGCGCAGAGACGGCUUCAAUGAUAGUGAAAUCCGGGGUAGUCUAAAAGCUCCGAAGUUCUUCAACUACAAAAUAUGAUGUUCACUGGAUGAGAUAUGAAAUUGUUCAACCUGUGUCUCUUUCGAAGGGAUUUGGGCAAGAAUUAGUUUUACUACGAACGACACAUCCAAUUUAAUUUCUUCAUUGCCAAACUCAUUCUCAGCAAUCAACAUGCCAUCUGAUUUGACAAAUCCAAUGCAACUAGAGAAAUGUCUAAGCAUGGCCAUUUCAUGCCCGACCUAAACAUGAGCGCAGUAAAGAGUAUCUUCUGGAUUCUCUUCUUAAUUGUUCUCAUCAUGUUAACCAUUGCAACGAGUGCCUUUACUAAAAGUGCCCAUAUAGCCACAUAUGUUUGUCGCCUUGUCGCCCCAUUCAUGUGCUAUAAGUCCUCCCUGCCGGGCAAUUAACACGGGUUCCCAGACACAUCAAAAACGCAGAAUUGCGUCCGACAAUGUCUAGAGGUUUCUACCCAAGACUGCUCUCCAUCAGUAAAGAGAACCAUCGUCGCACUCAAAUUCGAUGCAUCUAUGUCUCUUCCCUCUGUCUCGUUGUCGCAAUCACCUGCGCAGUCUUCAAAGCUUUCGCCGCAUCUACUCUCAUUUUCUGCCAUCAAUUAGAUAUAGGAUUCUUAUAUUGGUCAUUCUGGGCCUUGCUUCAAGUUGCCGGUACUUUUGCCAUUUUUGGUGUCGGAUUGGCUCAGUUGUGCUCGUACAUGGGAAGGGAAUCGCUUCCAGUCAAUGGGGCAAUUGGAACACCGGUUUUGAUCAUAGCCUGGUUAGGUAUGGCACUUGAAUAUUUAUGUAAAGGAUGGUUGAGCGAAGAGGCAUUGAGAAGCUUUGAAACCUUUGUCGAUGGUUUAAUGGAUUCUCCUCCCCAAAGUAAACCCAUCGCUAAAGCCGAGAACCAAGCCAGCGCGUCCUCCGUUCCAACUGCCGAACUCUUAGGGCUUACACUCGAUAAUCGUCCCAUCAUUGCGCCCAACAGAUUAUCUGGCGCACCCCAUCCCACGGCUCAUCAUUUAAGUACUACUGAUGAUGGUCGUUCGAUAUACAUACACAUUGCCAUAUCGACUGAUCCCAUUGAUGCCGAUAUCAAUAGUACAUAUGCGAGACCCAGUUUGUCUAUAGCUGCUGGGAAGAUGGAACAACCAGGCAGAACAUCUCGCACCGUAACUUUUGACUGCAAACCUGAAGCAUCGUCUGCGCCCGUUUCAUGGACAACCUCUCGAGCAACUUUACUUGGUUCGAUACGUGGUGAAAGGUUCAAGGCGAAAAGCCCUAUCAGCGUUGUUGGAAGUAGAUGGGGACCAACGAACGUGUGUGAAGAUGAUGUGCAAGAAGCAUAA